AUGAACACAUCGGAUAUGCCAUGGGGAAUGACCGACACCGCGUUUCUCGUGGAAGGUGGCACAACUGGAGAAUCGGAACCAACGAACUCUCUGGAAACAGUGAAGCCGAAAGCGAUGAGAGACACCGCCAGACUUAGCAGCUGGGGAUGCAUUGACGUGAUGGACAUGAUUGCUGGAGACGAGGAUGAGACCGAAGCCAACGAGACCAUUAUGAAAAAACUUGAAAGCCUGACGGUUUCUCCCCGUUCUCCGAGCAAAGCACAAGACGGAUCAGCCAAGAGUGCGUCGCCAACAGCAAGGAAAGGAGAGCGACUGCAGUUGAAUUUGAAGAAGAUUGACCGGGGCGAGCGGCGGCGACCAAUCCUGAACAUCCAAGCACAACAGAGGAGACACCAAGAGCUUCCUUAA